UUAUUUCUUAAUGGUAAGGUAAUUUGAUUUGAAUGAUGAACAGUUCUAAAUAUAAUGCAAAGUGUCUGUUGCCAUAUGGUACCACCCUACUGAAAAAGUUCACAAGAUAGCGGCGCUGUGUCAUACAAGAUAUCGUAAAUUCUGCCAAUACAUGAUUUUCGCAAUUCUCAUUUUUUUGUCACUUGCUGUGUAAUGCCAACAAACGUUUGUGUGCAGCGGAUUCCGAACGAAACAAACACAACAGUGCCGCGACAAUCCGGGUACUGAGGAUCAGUUCGAGGAAUUGGAACUUGUGUACUUGCCUCUGGUGGCAGGCGGUUAGACUGAUUUUGUAAACGGCUCGAGCGAAGAUGCAAGCGAACAUACAAAAGAUGACUACAAACCAGACAACUGACGGCAUUUCUAUUUUUGAAUCUACUGCUUUGUCCUUACUGCCAGAUGAUCAUUCUGCUCUGAAGCUUCUGCAAGAAUUACUAGAUGAAGAUGAUGACUUUUGUUCCAACUGGAGGGAUCUGUAUGCUGCAUGUGAAUUGAAACCUUGUGGUGAAGAGAAGGCAGCUGUUUUUGCUGGUGGACCAACAUACUGUGUUCUUAAAGCGUGGAAGCGACGAGCAGGAGCUUUGGCUACUGUAGGUAAAUUAAUUGAAUUAUUGACCAAUAUCAAGAGACUUGACGCUGUGGAUUUGCUUACCGAACAGCUGCAGUUGAAGUCUGGAAAACCCAGGAGAGAUCAAUCUUGGUUACUUGGAUAUGCUUUAGCUACAUCUUUUCAGAAUACAUCUACAGACUGUACAUCACUUGAUCCUCCAGUAUUGCCAUCUAGAACACCAUGUGUGAACAGUAAUUAUGAUCAUGUGGACUGGUCACCAAGCAAAGGAGGAGCAGCUGGUGAACUUGUGCAGACUAGUCCUAGCGAAGACAACACUUUUGUAGUAAAUGCCAUUACAACAAAAACAAAAGAGGAGUACCUGAGGAUGCUGAAACUAACUGAAUUGAAUUUGAAACCGUUUAAAUGUGAGCACUGUGAGCAGCUCUUCACAUAUCGUACAGGGUUACGUGGUCAUAUAGUCAGAUUCCAUCCAGAAGCAGCAGCUGGUAUGGAAAAGGAUCCUUUGCUGGUGAAGACAGAGUCUGGAUUUACUUGCAGUGUAUGUGGACAAAAAUUCAAUAAAGCAUUACGGUUGGAGUUCCACAUGCGUACUCACACUGGUGAACGACCAUACCGAUGCUCAACAUGCAAGAAGCAUUUUGCACGACCUGACCAUUUAAAGUCACACAUGGCGAUUCAUGUCAAGACCAAGCCUCAUGUUUGUGUGCAUUGCAAACGGACAUUUGUCUGGUCGUCCUCACUCGUCUCUCACAUCCGCGCUAAUCAUAAUCCCCACCCUUCAUAUGACGGAGAAGAAGGUGAUCAGAAGUCAUAUUAUAAAUGUCAUGUGAAAGGCUGUGGCAAAGUCUUUGCUUGGCCAUCAAAGUUGAAACGGCACAUUCAAACUCAUUCUGUUGAGCCAAAGCUGAGGGAAUUGGUUUGUGUUGAAUGCAAUCGAUCAUUUCAUCGGGAGAGUGCAUUAAAAGCUCAUCUGGCUAAGACUCAUGGACCAGGACAUCCAUUCAAUUGCCUUAUUUGUCAAAGGAGGUUUUCGAGUCAGGCAUUAUGGGAGUCACACAUGAAGAAACAGCAUACCAUUGUUGGAGCUACAAGUAGAAUAAAUGCUUCAUCACCAACUGAAGAGAAUGGUACAUUGGUGAUCGAUGAUACAAGCACAGAAGACCAAGCUCGAGCUCUUGUUGCUGAAGUUUUGAGAGAUAACGGUAAUGAAGAUGAAAAUGUCAGUGCUAUUGAAACUCCUGUGUUCUCUACAGUCACUGUUGCUAAUCCAUUGCAACCUCUUCUCUCAUCUACUUGUCAUCAAAUGGUUCCUCUAACUCAUCCUUCCGAUCAACAACUCAAUGAUAGUCUUCAGCCCAUAACAACAGUUACAGCCUCCAUCCAAUCUCAUGUGCAGCUUGUUCGUGCUACAGCAGUUGCAACAUCAAGUCCAGGAAUUGUUCGUCUCGUCCCAGCCAUGCAACUUCCUAUGACCAAUACUGGCAUCCAGCAGGUAUCCAUCACUGAAGAUUGCAGUCAACUUGGCGAGUUUACUACUCUACCUAAUACUGCUUAGACUGGUUUGUCAAUGGAACAGAAAGAAUGUAAGAAUAUAAUAAUAUAGUAUGUAUCACAGGGAGAUAUGAAUGCUUGGUUUUGAGUUUGAAGUACAGUGUUCACUUUGAGUUAGUUUAUUCAUAUAAUAAAAUAAAACUAACCUCCCCAUUGCAUUACUAACACAAUUUAUGUUAGUAAUGCAAUGGGGAGGUAGUUUUCUUGGUCUCAUUGAUUUUG